CACACAGACUGUAAGCUCAGACCUGUACAGUCCAGGUGAGUCCUCCACCCAGUCCACCGAACCGGGACUUAGCCCACAUCUGAACCAUGGAAGAAGACGGGUCCCACUCCCACGCGGAGCCCCACAGCGGCGGCAGCACCUCCGGCAGCACACACACCAUCCCGCAGCCCGAGAACGCCGACCUGCUGAUCCCCAGCUUCAGCCCGGGCUCGGCUCCGUCCUCCCCCACGCCCACCGGGACCCUGUCCAGGCUGGGUCUGAAGAGCCCCACCGGCGCCGCCCCGGGGAGCCCCGUGGACCGGGGCCAGGUGAGCGCCAUCACGGUGGUGGCUCUGCUGGACAAGCUGGUGAACAUGCUGGAGGCGGUGCAGGACAACCAGCAGCGGAUGGAGCAGCGGCAGGCCGACCUGGAGGGGGCCGUGCGGCUGGUGCAGGGGGACGUGAGCCGCCUGUCCAAGACCCACAUCAGCACGUCCAACAGCGUCAGUAAACUGCUGGAGCGGUCCCGCAAAGUGAGCGGACACCUGAAGGAGGUGAAGGAGCGCAUGGACAAACAGGCGGUCCAGGUGAAGAAGCUGGAGGCCAACCACAACCACCUGCUCAAGAGGAACCACUUCAAAGUGCUCAUCUUCCAGGAGGACAAUGAAAUCCCUGCCAGCGUGCUCGUCAAGGACUCCCUCAAAACCCCACAGCCGAGCCACUACGACGCCGAGUCCACCCGACCCACUCCAUCUGUCGCAGGCUCAGUGGACGGCCUCCGCUCUGUGGAAGAAGGCCUGCAGACCGUCAGCCUGUCCUCAGAUGAGGACGAUGACAUCACAGCACACAGAGAGGUGCUGGAGGAGCUGGUGGAGGGCGAGGCUGCCAUGGGGGGCAGCACCUCACUCACAUAUGAGCGACGGGCCGACAAGUUUAAGCGCUCGAGUUUGAAGAAGGUCGAUAGCCUUAAGAAGGCCUUCUCACGUCAAAGCAUUGAGAAAAAAGUGAACCAGAUCACCACCAAGAUCGUCCCACCGGAGCGGCGUGAGAAAAUCAUGAAAAGCCUGACCCCCAACCACCCGAAGAGCCCCACCGCCAAGUCAUCCUCCUUCAAGGUCUCUCCGAUGACGUUCAACGUGAAGAAGGUCAGAGACGGGGAGGUCCCUACUCCAGAUGUGACCUCUCCGGUGGAAGAAGCCCACGUGGAGAUUCCUCCUCUGGGAAACUUAGACGGAGAGAUACCCUUGGCGGAGGUGCACGCCCAGGAAGGUGUUCAGGUGGAGGAGGUGCAGGAGAAGCUGAGCCCCCCCACCCCAGAAAGCUUGAAGGCAGAGCUGGCCGUCAACGGAGAAGUGCCGAGCGUGGAGUGCGAGGUCGAGGUGAAUGGUGAUCAUUCGGUCGGCCUGGCUGUUCCGGAGCAUGUCGAUGACGUCGGUGAAGAUGACGAUGAAGAAGAAGAGGAGGAAGAAGAGGAGCAGAAAACCCCCGAUGAGAAGGCACCAGAUGCUCUGAUUUCACCAGCAACAAUUGCCGAUGCUGCUUCAGCAACACUCGCUGAGAUUCCCUCUGCAGCAAUUGCUGUCGACCAAGCAUCUUAAUGUGAUUUGAUUUUAUUAAUUGAUUUUUCCGAUUGCUUUUCUUCCUCCUACUUCCUAUUCUAAGCAGCACAAAUUAUCCAUCCAUUGUUAAAAAUUGUGGUCUUUUCUUACAAACUCAUACACUUAAAGGUUCCGUGUGUGGAUUUACUUGUAUCUAACUGUAGAAU